AUGUGCCUGAACCUUUCAUCUUCCAUGUACUACGUAGGUGAAGACUUCUCGUACUCAAACGACCAUCAUCCUCCCCCCACAUUCACUCCGCCAGAACUGCCCAAGAUGGUUCACGUGAGAGGUGAGAUCAGUCGCGAUCGAGACGAUCCUAACGCUCUGAGAAAUCAUCGAAACUCAGUAGGAAUGACGACAAUAAAUUCGACGAAACAAGUAAAUAAAGUCAAGCCAAAUGUAAAUAGAACAACCAAUGACAGUUUAUCGAGCCCAAAUCCACCAUAUAAUCAGAGAUCACAAGAGGACUCUGCAUACUCUGGCUACCAUCUCGCCUACGAAGUCAAAAAACUCAUGCCAACAAGUAGAGGCUCAGGAGGUACAAACGUCAACAACAACGGCGGUCUUCAGGUUGGAAUUGCUGAUGAUCAGGCCAAAGAUUUUGAUUUUGAGAAAACUGAAAUGAAAUACGACUCCACGGGAAUGUUUCACUGGAGUCCUUCACGCAACCUUGAAGACUGUAUACUUGAUCGGAACCAGGCGGCAAUGACAGUACUCAAUGGUCACGUUGUAGUUUGUUUGUUUGCUGAUCCUGAUUCACCCUUAAUAGGACUGAGAAACCUAGUUAUGCCAUUACGAGCUUCCAAUUUUCAUUACCAUGAACUUAAACAUGUAGUAAUAGUUGGGUCUGUUGACUACAUACGACGCGAAUGGAAAAUGUUACAGAAUUUACCAAAAAUAUCUGUACUGAAUGGGUCACCACUGAGUAGAGCAGAUUUACGUGCCGUUAACGUAAAUCUUUGCGAUAUGUGUUGCAUCCUGUCGGCAAAAGUGCCUAGCAAUGAUGAUCCAACCCUCGCCGACAAGGAGGCGAUACUUGCGUCCUUGAACAUUAAAGCCAUGACUUUUGACGACACUAUAGGAGUAUUAAGUCAAGGUAAACAAUCGAAAUUGUGUAUAAAGUACAACAUUAGAUUAUCU